AUAAGUAUGUUCUGCCAAAGGCAACUGACUAGCUAGUUAGCUCGUUGUAGCCCCAAUUACAGCUGCUGAAUUAUCUAUUAUUUUCGUGCCCUGUCGAUGUUGGCACUUCGGUGGCUGGCUGUCUAAUUGUGACUAGGGCUGGGACUUGGCUGAUGUUCACUCAGACAUCCUUGAACGUGAACUACAUCGCCGUCUAUAUGCUUGUUAAAUUUGCAACCUCGCCCUCUAGAUAACGCAUACUGUAAAUAUUAGGAGUAGCUCUCGAGUUCGACCGGGCUAGGUGUACAGGUUUCCAGUUCAUUUGACGUAAUGCAUCUGAGGUGUAUCCAUUGUUGAACCAUCAUGAUGGCAGGUUCCCAAUGGGAGCUUCCUCCAGAGCUAUGUUGUCGGCCGAUGGCCUUUGUGGCGCUGACCGGUCUGGACGUGGUUUACAAUGCUGUACACCGAGCCAUCUGGGACGCAUUCUGUGCCAACCGUCGAGCAGACAGAGUUCCCAUCUCUUUCAAAGUGCUCCCAGGAGACCAUGAGUACCCCAAAUGUCGCACUAAGCGAACUUCCUAUGAGUGGUACAUCCCCAAAGGCAUUCUGAAAACGGGCUGGAUGAAUAAACAUCUGAACCUGGUACCUGCUCUAGUUGUUCUCUUUUAUGAACUGGACUGGGACGACCCACAGUGGAAAGAGAAACAGUCUGAAUGUGCCACUAAAGUGGAGAUUGUCAGAACCAGUCUUCAGGGUAGGAACACCAAGGUGGCUGUGGUUCUAAUCCAGAAGAAAACUCCUCUACCUCCAGGGGAGGAUCUUGUAGCAUCAGAGAGAGCCGCAGCUCUUUGUAAUGCAUGUGAUCUGUCUGGCAAGAGUCUCUUCGUACUGCCACACACUGAUCACUUGGUGGGCUACAUUAUAAGGUUGGAGAAUGCCUUCUAUGAACACGCUCAGACUUACUACUACACAGAGAUCCGUCGUGUCAAAUCGCACAAGGAGUUCCUUAACAAGACAACACAUCAGCUGCUGUUUGUCAGACACCAGUUUAAAAUCGCUUUCUUCAGUGAGCUGAAACAGGACACGCAGAACGCUCUCAAGUAUUACAGAACUGCAUACAGUCUUGUCCACGAACUCCGAGCCCAUGAGACCAACAUGUUGGAGAUCAAAACUAUGGCUGGAUUCAUCAACUAUAAGAUCUGUCGUCUGUGUUUCCAGCACAACACUCCUCUAGAUGCUAUUGCCCAGUUCAGGAAGCACAUUGACCUGUGUAAGAAGAAGAUCGGUAGUGCUGAACUGGCCUUUGAACAUUCAGCAUGGAUGUCUAAACAAUUCCAGUCGUUUGGUGAACUGUUUGAUGAAGCAAUAAAAUUGGGUCUGACGGCGAUCCAGACCCAGAAUCCUGGUUUCUACUACCAGCAGGCUGCCUGUUACAGCCAGGAGAGGAAGCAGCUGGCACAGCAGCUCUGUCGGGCUGGAGCGAGUCCUCCCUCCCCUGACCCACUGGACACCCAGAGUGGAGGACUGGACUUCUAUGGCCAGAGACCAUGGAGACAAGGACACCAGAGCAUCGAUCCUCCAGAUGCAGAGAAGGAGAAGACGGGGAUUCUGGCUCUGCAGAUUAAAGAGAGAGACGUGCCACAUUCUGAGCUGAUAAUAGCACUUCUCAGUAAUGCUGUCGCCCAGUUUAAGAAGUACAAGUGCCCCCGGAUGAAGAGUCACCUCAUGGUGCUAAUGGGAGAGGAAUACUACCACGCUAAAGACUACACCAAAGCCCUAAAGCUGUUGGACUAUGUGAUGUGUGACUAUCGGACAGAGAGAUGGUGGGGACUCCUGACAGCCAUAUUGACCACAGCUCUGCGCUGUGCUUAUCUGAUGGCCAGUGUCAAAGACUACAUCAUAUACUGUAUGGAACUUCUGGGCAGAGCUUCAACACUGACUGAGGAGCAAAAGGGGAGGAUUGAGAAGAAUAUCAUCAAAGUCCUGAUGAACGAGGUCCCUGACUCUGAGCCAGAGUGUGAUCCGGCCUCUGUCAGUGCUGCCAGGUUGCUGUGGAAUGACCGCAUGGCUUUAGCUGGGUCAAAUGAGUUCACUAUAGAAGUGCAGGACUACAUACCAUUCAUCCAGUGUAAGGCCAAGUUCCUCUCUCCCAGUUUCCAUGUAGACCAGCCCAUCCAACUUCAGGUCUUCCUCCAAGCUGACUGUCCUCAUCCUGUAUCACUUAACAAGCUGGCCGUCAGCCUCAGUAACCAGGAGUACAACCAGUGGUGUGUGCUCGAGUCGUCAGGUCAGGACAGUGUAAGCUUAUUGCCAAGGAAAACCAAAUGCUUCAACUUCAGCUUUGUAGCAAAGACUGAAGACGUUGGCAAGAAGAUUGAGAUGACAGGUAUUGAGGUGAUGCUGGGCGGUGACACUGGCCGCUGUGUCUUUCUGAGCUGGAGAGGGGCAGGUGGAGAUGCAGCCUCUACCCACGAAGCCUUGCAGACCAGCAGGUCAUCCCGCCGAUGGGGGCGAGGGGUUGAGACACGGCCAGUACUGGACUGGCACAGCGUGAUCAUGCAGCACAGCACCAUGAUCAUCUCAAGAGUCCCAAAGAUCUUGGUUCAGCUAAGCCACCAGCCUCCAGCACUCAUCAAUGAAAUGUACUGUAUUGGCCUCACUGUCAAAUCACAGGAGGAGGGUGUGGCAAAGGAUCUCAAACUGACUGCUGGUCUGAAACCAGGCCAGGAUGCCAAUCUAGGCCAGACCACACAUGUGACUCUCAAUGGCUCAAAGGUUUGUGACGACACUGCACCUGCUCUGCUCCCUGACGUCCCCCUGGGAGACCUGAAACCGGGCGAAAAGUUGGAGAGUUGUAUAUAUGUGAAGUGUGUGUCAACUGCACCACGGGUGUUCCUCUUCCACGUGGCCUACAGCAUCGAUACCACAGUGGAUGGACGACAGAUUGUCUGCAAAUGUCAUAAGGAUGAGACGGUUACCAUAGAGACUGUGGUCCCAUUUGAGGUGUCUGUCAAGUUUGUAUCCACCAAGUUUGAGCCAUUGGACCGGGUGGCAGUGGACAUCCCCUUCCUGUUCAUGAUAGACAUUGUUUCCUCAUCUCCCUGGCCCCUUCUGUUGGCCUCCUCCUCUCUACAGCUCCUCACUAUGACCAGCAACACACCACAGCUUCAGUCACAGCUACAGGAAGUGGUUUUGCAGACAGGUGAGUGUGCCAGUGAGUGUUUCUGUCUCCGUUGUCCACCACUGACCAACAGCAAUACCACGGUGGCUACAGGACAGUACUUGAUAUCAUGGAGGAGGAAGCCCUCCAGUGCUGACAGUCCUCUCAUCCAGAGUACUGUCACUCUACCUCAUGUCAUCCUGGAGUCUGUCCCUCUCUACAUCCAUGCUGAUUUACCAUCAUAUGGGCGAGUCAGAGAGUCUCUACCAGUCCGUUACCACAUAGAGAACAGAACAGCUCUGGUGCAGGAGGUGGAGAUGGCUGUUGAACCCUCUGAUGCCUUCAUGUUUUCUGGACUCAAACAGGUGCGCCUCCGUAUCCUCCCUGGCUCUGAGCAGCAGAUGCUUUAUAACUACUACCCUCUGAUGGCUGGUUACCAGACACUGCCCCAGCUCAACAUCAGUCUGCCCCGCUGCCCGACCACCGACACACACACACUGAGACGCUUCCUGCCUCAACGCAUCUUUGUCAAGCCUCAGGGUCGCCAGCUGGAUGAUGCAUCCAUUGCUGCUGCUUGAAAAAAACACGCCCUACAGACUGCAUAUAUGAGAGAUGACCAGCUUGUUCUAGAUGUAUGAUUCCUCACAGAUGACAAUAUUAACACUAUUUGUUUUAUAUUGAUAUGUAAAGACAGAACAGGUAAAUAAUCUGUUGACCACCAGGAGAAGUGCAGUGAUUCCAGUGUGUCUGUUCAGAGUGAAUAUGAUGACGUGAUGUGAGCAUGACAGGAGGUUGCUGAAUGAACCUCAUGUUCAAGUAAAAGUAAAAAUAUUUCAAUGAAUCCUGUGUGGAAAUUUGGCUAGAGUCUAAUACAUGGAAACUGAAUGUGAUGGUUUAAUUAAACUGUAGUGAUGUAUA